AUGGAGGAAGAACUGCGCUGCCCGGUGUGCAAGCAGCUCUACUCGAGUCCGGUGCUGCUGCCGUGCUAUCACGCCCUCUGCCUGGCCUGUGCCCUGGACAUUCAGACGGCUUCGUCCUCGUCGUCUUCAGCGUCCUCGACGGCCUCCGGUGGGGCGUCGGGGUCGGCGGUGGCGGCUCCCGCAGGCGGUAGUCACGUCGCACAGCUCCACCAACAGCACCCGCCAGCGCCACCGUCAUCCUCGUCGUCCUCUUCGUCAUCCACGGGCAGCUCGAGCGCCACCGAGAGCGUAUCCUCCGACCAGGACCAGGCGGACAAGGUCAGCAUUCUGAGUGAGGCCGACUCCGGUGUCAUCUGCUGCUCGCGGCCCGGUUCGUACGCCGGCACCCCGAACCUACAGGGACUCCUUUUCCCACCGUCCGGUUCCGGUGGGUCCGUCUACUCGCUCGUCUGCCCCGUCUGCCGGAAGCUGGUGUUCUUCGACGACCUCGGGGCCCGCAACUUGCCACUGUACCGGGCGAUGGAAUCGAUCGUGGACCGAUUCUGCGAGCGGGAAGCGCUCCGCUGCCAGAUGUGCGAAACCGAACCGCCCAAAGUGGCGACCGUGAUUUGCGAGCAGUGCGAGAUUCGGUACUGUGACGCGUGCCGCGAGCUGUGCCAUCCGGCCCGUGGGCCCCUCGCCAAGCACAGCCUCACGAAGCCACGUGGCGCCUGUCAGCUGCGGGAGUCGAUCUGCGGAGAGCACACGGAACCACUGACCAUGUACUGCAUGGGCUGCAAGCUGCCCAUCUGCAACCAGUGCAUCGGCGAGAACCGUCAUCAGUCCCACGAUCUGCAGUCCAUCACGGCGAUGUGCAAGGCCCAGAAGACUGAACUAUCCCACAACCUGCAGCAGUUAUCAGAAAAGGCGAGGUCAACAACGGAAUUCAUACAAAGACUGAAAGGAAUGAGCGAUAAAGUCACGGACACCUGCAUGGAGUUUGAACGACUUGUUACCGUACAGUGUGAGACAUUGAUUGAAGCCAUUAACGCCCGGAGGGACGUGCUUCUCGAUGUAAUACGCAGUGACAAGGAAGUGAAAAUACGCACAUUAAAGGAUCAACAGGUCAGUUGCACAGGGAAGCUCCAGCAAACAACUGGGUUGAUUCAGUUCUGCAUUGAGGCGCUAAAAGAGACUGAUAGUGCAGCGUUUCUUCAGGUCGGUUCGAUGUUAAUUAACCGCGUCGCCAACACGGACAUGACCUGGCACCAGGAGGUCACGAAUGCGGCGCCUCGCGUAUCGCCAAUUAUCGAUCUCACGCUCGACGACUCGUCAGUAAUUCGCGCCAUCGAUAAUCUCAACUUCAUUCAGAUGAAGCUACCCCUCGCGCCCGUCAUCAUUCCGGAGGACUGCUCAGCGGAGAACAACUCCGUAACUGUUGCGUGGCAGGCGCCCAGUCACUCGUUCGUCCAAGGAUACGUGCUCGAGCUGGACGAUGGCAGCGGUGGAGAGUUCCGGGAAGUCUAUUGCGGCAAGGAGACAAUAUGUACCGUCGAUGGACUCCACUUCAAUUCCAUGUACAAUGCACGCGUUAAAGCCUUCAACAACACCGGCGAGGGUGAAUAUUCAGAGCUUAUCGGAUUACAGACAGCAGAAGUUGCCUGGUUUGCGUUCGACUCCGUUCUCAGCGGUGGCCCUUGCUCCGGAUUGAACUUCUCCAGCGACAACCAGACCGUGUCGGCCGACGGCUGGGAGCACCGGGUGGCCCUCGGAUCAGUUGGGUUUUCGCGUGGCGUCCACUACUGGGAGUUUACCAUCGAUAAGUACACCGCCGACACGGAUCCGGCCUUUGGCGUGGCUCGUCUAGAUGUGGCCCGCGAUAAGAUGCUCGGAAAAGACGACAAAGGCUUUGCGAUGUACAUCGAUCGGCAGCGGUCUUGGUUCCAGCACAACAGCGUCCAUGAGCGUCGCGUCGAGGGCGGUAUCUCGACGGGAAGUACGGUCGGAGUGCUGCUGGACCUGGAAAGGCACACCCUUCACUUCAUAGUCAACGAGAUGCCGCAGGGCUCGGUAGCGUUCCGCGAUCUGUACGGGGUCUUCUAUCCUGCCGUCAGCGUCAACCGUGGUGUCACUCUGACCCUGCACACUGGGCUCGAUGCGCCCCACAUGGACUACCACUAGGGGUCGGGCUCGGGAUCGGUACGAUCCCUUCGCCCAAAGGUGACCUCCUCCGGCAGCAGUGCUCAGUAGUAAGU